AUCAUACAUUAACUCCUGCUGGCUGCGGGGACUCUCCAGUUGAUAGAAGCCAAGACAGGAGGAUGCACUCAGAGAGACACUGACAAGGUUUUUUUUUUUUUUCUUAACAAACACAGAAAUGAAACCCAAACGAAAAUCCACUUAAUUUUUUAUUUUAUUUUUUAUUUUUUUGGCUACCCGGUGUUUUCCAGGGGAUUUUUCGCACCCAAAAGAGAGUAAAGAAAACGCUGCAGAGAUGAGCGUUGCGUGGUUGUACAUGCUCCUGAAGGAUCCGCUCUCCUGAUAAAGGGACCAAAGAGGACAAAACAAGGCUGUCCUGAUAUUUUCCAAAAGAAGAUUGCAAAGGUGGAGCGAUUAGAGAAGGGCUGAUGACGGGACUAUUAAUCCUUUCAGUGCAUCAAAAGCACCAAAGGGCAUUAGAAACGCUUGGAUGGAAAUCGGGCGAGUGUUUAGAACUGUUUUUGGUUCUAUAUGAAACUGGUGAUUAGUUGAUGUGACACAUCUGCAAGGAUUUUUUUCCCCACUGAAGAUUUUAGUAAGGAAGUAAAUUUGCUUGUUUUUUUUUCCCCAUCGAGGGGGUUGUAUGGUAUGAGCGGUUUCCCGGUGUGAAAACUCUCAUCUCAAUCUUUUUUUUCUCUUCAAGUAUUCCUAAAUCUAAAUGGAAUUAGUUGAGUCUGAAGCCGUUUGUGAAAGGAACAGACAUGGUACAUGGGCACAGCUUCCAUCACGUUGUUGCAAGUCUUCUCAUACUUGGGUUGUCUGGGGCAACAAGGAAGGAUACAGCAGUGAAAAACAAUUCUGGAGUGAAGCCUGCAGGUCAAUGUGGAACGUGGGUGAAGGAACCAGAAGGAGGGCUCUUCACGUCUCCCAAUUACCCAAACAAAUACCCUCCAGACAUAGAGUGUGUUUACAUCCUUGAAGCCCCCCCAAGGCAGUGUAUUGAUCUACACUUUGAGGAGAAUUAUUCAAUCGAGUCCUCUUGGGAAUGUAAAUUUGACAACAUCGAGGUUCGGGAUGGACCGUUUGGCUUCUCCCCAAUUCUCGGACGGUACUGCGGUCAGCACAGCCCGCCCGAUAUCAGGAGUAGCGGCCGAUAUCUGUGGAUAAAAUUUGUUACAGAUGGUGAACUGGAAGCGGUGGGAUUUUCAGCAAGUUACAACUUCACUGCAGAUCCGGACUUUGCAGACAUGGGAGUACCCCCACCUCUGCCCUCCUGUCAGUAUGACAUGGUUGGUCCAGAAGGUAUCGUUGAGUCCCAUCAGAUCACGAGAGACGGGAAGGCUGGCGCCACAGAGGCCGUCGACUGUAAAUGGUACAUCCGUGCUCCGCCGCGCUCAAAGAUCUACCUGCGUUUUCUCGACUAUGAGAUGGCCAAUUCCAAUGAAUGCAAGCGCAAUUUUGUGGCAGUGUAUGAUGGUGGCAGUUCGGUGGAAGACCUGAAGAGCAAGUUCUGCUCCACGGUGGCCAACGACAUCAUGCUGGUCUCCACGCUGGGUGUCAUCCGCAUGUGGGCGGAUGAGGCGAGCCGCAAAAGCCGCUUCCGCAUCCUUUUCACUACCUACCAAGAACCUCCAUGUGAUGCAGAUGCCUUCUUCUGUCACAGUAACAUGUGCAUAAACAACACGCUGGUGUGCAACGGCAUGCAGAACUGUGUCUACCCCUGGGAUGAGAACCAAUGCAAAGAGAAGAGGAAAGCCAACAUCCUGGACAACCUGAACAACACAAACGGGACCAUAAUCGGUGUCACCUGUUGCAUCGUCCUCAUCCUCCUCAUCGUGUCUGUCAUCGUCCAGAUCAAGCAGCCACGUAAGAAGUACAUCCUGCGGCGUGAGGACUUUGACCCCACCAUGUUCCAAGAGGUCUUUGAGCCACCUCACUAUGAGCUGUGUACUUUACGGAGCGCCACCACAGCCGCAGCGGCCUCAGCAGACUUGGUCGACCUGGCAGAAGACUUUGAGAACUACCAUGCCCUUCGUCGUGCCUCCUCGCGUUGUGUCCACGAUCACCACUGUGGCUCCUCCUCCAACCCAGGCUCUGCCCACAUAUCCCAAUUGUCCCUGAGUGGACGAGGAAGCCGUGGCAAUUUGAGUGCUCGAGACGCCACGGCCGCCACUCUGCUCACAGACCUUCCACAGCCACCCAUGGCAGUGCGGCCAUUGCUGCCGGCCACUGGAAACCGCAGGAGCAUCUUGGUCAUGAAGCACAGCUACUCGCAAGAGGCAGCGGACAAUGGAUGUGACCUGGACGACGACCUGGAAGAAGUUCCCACCACCAGCCACCGGCUUUCACGCCAUGAAAAGGCAGUACAGCGGUUCUGCCUCAUUGGCUCUUUGAGCAAACAUGAAUCAGAGUACAACACAACUAGGGUCUAAGAGACAAUCUCAAGGUAAGCACCCUUAUCCAACAAUCAACGUCUUUAUAUGUUGUUCUGUAGUCAUCAUUUGCCCAGUCAGUAUAUACUGUGAUUUUUUUCCUUUUCUGUGAUUUUUGCGCAGGUUUAUAUUUAAUUUGUUUAUGUUUUUUAUUUGUUCAUUUUCACCAAGAUGGUUUUCUUGCUUGCGGCCAUCUUGCCCUCCUAGUGAGUUUGUUUGAAGUCUUUGUGAUGCUCAAGUUGACUGUAUGUCCUCCCAAGGUCAUACAUUGUGUCACUCAGUGGAUAUUCAUUAGCAUGGACUUUUUCAAUCAUCCUUAGUUGAAGCUGUUAUCAAAUAAUCUGAUGUCUAACCUCUGCACUUUUCUCUUGCCUACAGCAAAUAAUUGAUAUCAGUCAUCUAAAGACACUUGUUAAGUCCACAUAAAAGCACAAAUUUGAAAGCAGACACAACCCCGCAUUUUCAUUAAAUGACAUCAGUGGGGUUUUUUGCACACACUAAAGAAAGCACAUUUAGAUCAUUUAAAUAUCUUAUUCAUCUCUUUGUAAUUUACAAUGUUUACUGAUCACACACUCAUACAGAAUUCGUCCGUAGUUUUGCAUGAUUUAUGUCACUUGUAAUUGAUUUUGUGUUUGGUUAAUUGUGAAGCAUAGCCUUUAUGCCUGUGUGUAACAGUUCAUGUGUAUGCUCCACGACUGUGCUUUCAUGAGGUUGCAAUAGGCACAAACAAAAUACCAGUAAAAUAAAAAGUUAGAUAAAUGAAUUUGAGGUGUUAAUAACUGAACUUUCUCAUUAAAAAGUUACAUUUAGGAGAAAUUCAAUGCAGAGUUCUAGAAGUUCGUGCUUGCAGCGUUAUGUUUGCAUAUACUGGAGCAGUCACAUAAAGUGUUACCCAUUAUUUUGUCUUUUAGUGUGAAAAAUGUGCUGUCCUGUUGUGUGUGUGUGUGUGUGUGUGUGUGUGUGUCUGCUUAUGUUCUACAUUAUGUUGCAUUGUCUCCAUCAUGUAGACUUCUUGAGAAUAGUGCAAUCCUGGAUCAGUACGAACGGGCCUCACUGACAUAUGAAAAGGCGGAGCGGAGAUUUACACCAGCAUGAUGCUGAUGCUGAUGAUGAAGGGACACUUUGACGAAAGGAUACUGAAUAUGUGUAAUGUGAAAUCAUGUGCAAAGAUGAACACUAAGGACUAGAUGAAAAUACUUUAGCUGCAAUGCUGUGGAGCAAUUUUGAAGUUUUGGAAGUUCAGUCAGCACUGUGCGUAUUGUAGUCAAUCCAGAUUUUUUUUGUCUAGCUGGAAAGAAAUGGACCUUUAGAAUGAACAUGAUUAUUCAUUAUUAAACUUUAAAUUUGGGAUGUUAGUCAGAAACAUAUCUUCCACUGUCAUAGAUUCCUCACUGAAAAUGUGAUCAUCUUUAAAUUAAGUUUUAAGCAUGUAUUUUUCAAAUUAGUAGCCAUAUUAUUUCAAUAGCAAAUUAUAAAUGCUUGCAGUUUGACAAAACUAGGAAGAUUUUUUUUUAUUACUGAAAAUUGGAACUAAACUCAAUUAAUUACUAACCUAAUUAAAUCUAAUGCUGGAAUAACCAGAAGCAGUUUAAUUUGGAUAACAAUUCAAGACCGAGUUGUAUGGCUUGUGCAUGCUUCUUUUAUAUCCAUUAAAGCAUUAACAUACUAACAUUAAACUAUAAAAAGCCCCCAUCUACUAAUACGUAAGUCAUAUGGACAUAAGAAGUGGUUAAGAAAAAAGCAUCUUCAGUAUAAUUAAUUGCAUUGCAUGUUGUUGCUUAGCUAAAUCAUUAGGUUAAGAGAAUUACACAGAUGAAUUUCACCAGUUUCUUUUUAACACAAACUCCCUUUUAAAUAUGUUGACUAACUUUUUCACAGGCAUUUUAUUUUAAGAGGUUUUUUUUGGCAAACAUAUUUACUUCAAGUCUGUUUGUCUUCUAACUCUAUUCUACUGUAGGAGCUUAAUAUCUUUGUAUUAAAACAGAUUUUUUACUAGGGCAAGUUGAAACGAUGACAGUUUUUACAGUUAUUCCAAUUAUAUUUCAGGGCUGAUUUUACUGAUGCUUUGUAAAAUAAAUAACAAUAAAGCUUCACCUUUUUUCUUUGUUUUAUUGCCGUUUGGUCCGUAGUUCCUAAUGUGUCAUCAGACUGUCAGCUAUCCAUGUCUUACAAUCAUAUGUUUUUAGAUGUUGGUUUAUUUGUUGUGGCUGAUUUGUUUGAGAGGGAGACCAGACCCAAACCACCGAACAGGACAAUAAAACGAGUCCUAGACGGUUCAAAUAAUCACAGGUAAUCACAGGUAUCUGACAGACAAGUUAAUUGACUUUUUGUGUUUGUCCUGAUGAGAUUAACCCCAUAUAUACUGCAGAAGGGACGGGAUCAACCUCAAACAACACUCACUGCUGGCAGGCUGGUUUUGUAGAGAAAAAACAAAACAAAAAAACAACCUGCAUCAUGUGGAAAGUGAGAAGAGCAGAUCAGCUGUGAGCACAAUGACAUAAACAUACAAUUCACACACAUAAUGCAUAGGAUGUCUUUUUUCUUACACUCUGUCAUUGUCCAAGUACUUAUUUUCUUCUGACUGUGUAAAUUUUUUAUGGUAUUUGCCAUCUUUGUGUACAUUACUUUCUGUAUUCGGUGUCAUGUAUGUAUUAUUUACAUCCAUGCUCUCCACUCUCUUUUUCCUCCAUAUUUACACAGUCAUACACACACCCAUAUUUCUGCGUUUACUGAAUAAAAUAUGUUUCUUUUCUAUACAUACAUUGUGCCGAUGUCUGUGUGUUGUCUCUCUGCUUUACAAUAGUGCCAACACCUCUGUUAUAGAUAUUUCUAAAGUGCUCUCAUACAUAAUCUCUCUCUUCUUCACUCUCUCUCUUUCUUGAACACACACACACUCACACACUAUAUAGAUAGAGGCAGACACCUCACUAAUUAAGUAAGUCUGAACCAAUUCGAUCACAAGCAGCCCAGGCAGCAGAUGAGAAAAUGGAAGGCCCAGAACAGACUUUAAGUAAUAGUGUUUUUAUUUCUCUGCAGAUACAUCAGACAGGUGCAUCAUUCCUCUGCAUCUUGCCAAGUCUGACAGCAUUCGGAGCUAAGGUUUCUUUCCCUUGCAUCUUGAGUGAACUGUUGCCCUGAGCAACUUAACCAAUGUAGAGUGUUGUGAUGAGAAAAUUAAAAAAAAAAAGGUUUGUGAUGUAUGCAGUUUUUCUUCUUUGCUUCGGACCACAGCGGUGCAUUUUCCCUACCUGUGCUCCACUACUGGCUAGGAUUGGCGAGCCAUGGAACACUGAUUAUCGCAGAUAUGGGACUGAAACUUAAUAGACUGAAAAAUAGAGUACCUUUAAUGUAAAGUUGUUCAUGGAGAAAAAAAAACAAUCAGGUUUUUUAAAUCAUUUUCAUGUAACCAUCAAAAUAUGAAAUUGCAUAUUUCAGCUGCUGACUUCACAUUUUAUUUCUUAUUUUGAUGUCUUUACAGUAUCAGGUUGUUUUUAUAUCCAAACAAUUACAGAAAGCCUUGUUGUGAAGACAAAACAAAAAAAGAACAUUUGAAAUAAAGUGAUGUUAAUCUUAAUAAAUAGGUGCAUAUACAUGAUUCUACUGACCCAUCAACUAACCUUUAUUUAUUCCCACUCUCACUGAUGUCUGAACAUUCUCUUUGUCAUUACAUUGUGGUGUUUUUUUAACCCGUUUGCAUAUUUAUUUGAUAAAACAUUCUGAAAAAUGCUGGACAGAUGUUUUCAAUAAACUAA